ACUGUGUAGUAAAAAAAUAUCAAAACACGUGUUGUGGGCCGAUUGUGGACUUCAAAUCUCCUCGUUGUUUUGUGCACUUGAGAGAAAGGCCUUCUUAUUAAUUUUUCUCAUUAUCAUUUGUUCCUGUAAUGACGAAGAUUUUAAAGAGAAAGCAGAAGGAAGAUGUGGAGAAAGAAGAUAGGCCGAAAAAAAAGAUGUCAGAUGAGCCUGCCGCUAAAAAGGUGAAGUGGAUCAACAGGCAACGAGUGUUGGUGUUCGCUACUCGAGGUAUCAAUCACAGGCAUCGACAUCUCAUGGAGGACUUAAAGAGACUGAUGCCGCAUCACCGUCCCGAAUGCAAGAUGGAACGCACGAGGAAUCUACAAGUGGUGAACGAAAUGUGCGAGAUGAAGAAUUGCAGCAAGGCUAUCCUGUUCGAGGGUCGAAUGAAGCGGGACCUUUACGUGUGGCUCGCUAAUGUGCCUGCUGGUCCAAGCGCAAAAUUUCUCGUAGAAAACAUUUAUACAAUGGGUGAGCUGAAGAUGACUGGAAACUGUUUGAAGGGGUCUCGCCCGUUGCUAUCAUUCGAUGAAAAUUUUACCACACACACGCAUUAUGCUCUCUUGAAGGAAUUACUGACGCAGAUCUUUGGCGUGCCGAAUCAUCAUCCUAAAAGCCAACCGUUCUUCGAUCACGUAUACACGUUCAAUAUCCUGGACAACAGGAUAUGGUUCCGAAACUUCCAAAUUUUAACGGAGGACGGUGCACUAGCUGAAAUUGGUCCAAGAUUUGUCUUAAAUCCAGUCAAGAUAUUUAGUGGAAGCUUCGGCAGUGAUACUUUGUGGGACAAUCCUCAUUAUAUUUCCCCUGCCAAGUUUCGACAGUCGUUGACGAAAAAGGCUGCCAACAAGUACAUAAACAGAGUGGAACAGAAAAUGGUACAACAAGCAAAUAAACCUGAAUUAUCUUACGCACUUAAUCCCACAGAUGAGAUAUUUAAGGGUGAUUUAUUGGAGAAAGCAGUAGAAUUGGAAGAAAAAUUUGAAACGGAUGAAAAGAAAAAUACAAAAAAGCUUGUGAAAAAUAAAGUAAAAAAGAUAAAAAAGAAGCCUGUGGUUACUAAAAAAGUUAAAAAGGUGAAAUCUGUGAAGUCAAAAAUCUCGAAAAAAAAGAAGAAAUGAAUAUUACUUUGUAAAAUUAUUAAUAAAAUAUACUUUAAAUGAA